ACAGAAUGAAGGGGUGAGGAAAUGUGUCUGCUGUGGUAGAGUUCGUUUGCAUACCCCACUCUUUGUGUGAAGCCUUGCUUUCACAUAUACACACACACUUAGUAACAACACUGACUGAUUGGUCGGCUGCAUCAGAGACAGGAAGUGCAAUGAAACAGUGUGCACGACUGUGAUAUUGUACUUACUUCUCUACAACUUCAACUCGGGUGUGUGUGUGGAUAUUCAGAUACAACGUGAGUGAGUAAGCACACCGGACAGAAUAUGCCUGGUCCUCCACCCCCACCACCACCCCCUCCUCCAACCUUAGCUUUGGCAAACACUGAAAAACCAUCACUGUCCAGAUCCGAGCAACACGGGAGAAAUGCUUUACUCUCAGAUAUCAGCAAAGGCGCCCGACUGAAAAAAGCUGUCACCAAUGACCGCAGUGCUCCAGUAUUUGAUAAGCCCAAAGGGGGUGGGGCUUCUGGUGGAGGUAGUGGUGGUGGUUUAGGAGGCGGAGCUGCAGGUGGACUUGGGGGACUGUUCCAGGGUGGGAUGCCAAGACUAAAAUCUGCAGGAGGUGGCUCAGCGAGGCCACCUAUGCCACCCACCGGUGGGAGAUUCCCAGCACCAAGUGGUGGAACUCCUCCUCGUUUCCCGGACUCUCCUUCUGGGCGAUCGAACUUGAGCAGAGGCAGUGUUCCACCUGUGCCUUCCUCUACAUCUGCCUCUCCACGCAGUUCACAUCCUGGUGGCCCUCCGCCCAUACCGGGAAGUCGAUUCCCAAGCUCCCCUUCUACCCCACCAACAAUGCCAGGUCGGCGCCCCAGCAUUCCUGUAAACCCUGCUCCCCCUGGCCGCCAAACAUCUUUACCACCACCACCAGUUCCCUCUAGUACCCGUCCAUCUCCUAACGCAGUUUCCUCUGGAUCCUCGAAUGAUUUCCCCCCUCCACCACCACCAGUAGGAGGAAACAGGUCGUUUCCACCACCCCCCGUUCCCUCUAGUGCCCGUCCAUCUCCUAACACAUUUUCCUCUGGAUCCUCGAAUGAUUUCCCCCCUCCACCACCACCAGGAGGAAACAGGUCAUCGUUGCCACCACCCCCUGUUCCCUCUAGUGCCCGAUCAUCUCCUAACACAUUUUCCACUGGAUCCUCGAAUGAUUUCCCCCCUCCACCACCACCAGUAGGAGGAAACAGGUCAUCGUUUCCACCACCUCCUGUUCCCACAAGUGCCCGACCAAAUUUUUCCACAGGCAGCUCAGAUGAUUUUCCCCCUCCUCCUCCAUCCACAGGAGGACAUAGGGCAUCUUUUUCAUUACCCCCAGUUCCCCCUAGUAGCCACCCUCCACUUCCUACACCUCCUUCUGGGUCAGAUGAUUUUCCUCCUCCACCACCACCUGUUGGAGGAAGCAGAACAUCAUUUUCUAGUGAUGGGUAUCCACCACCACCCCCAUCAGGAAGUAAACCAGGACCGAGAUCUAUGGGUAGUGCCCCACCACCACUCCCUUCAGGAAGAGGAGACCUGCCACCACUGCCUCCUACACCAGCAAAGGAGCCAACCAGUACAACCUCUCAUAGAAAUUCUUUUAGUAACCCACCACCUGUCCCACGACCUGCGGGGUCUGCCCCACCACCACCUCCACCCAGUUCAAGACCACCACAAGCAGGAAAAGCCACAUCUAUACGAUCUAGUCCUCUUCCACCACCUCCUCCAGGGGACAGCCGAGGAGGUACUCCACCUGCACCUCCUCCUAAUCACCCUAUUGGUAACCGAGGAGCUGGCAGACCUCCCCCUCCUCCGGAUAGGCCUGGGGCAGGAGGGUUCCCUCCUCCCCCGCCCCCUUCCAUGGACAAUGGCUACCAGAGCUCACCUCAGAACAGCACAGAUGAAUGGGAAAUGAGGUUUCCCUUCCAUCAAAUUUCUGAGCUGCCCCCACCUGAGCCUUACAUUUCCAUCAGUAAGACGUACCCCAGCAAGGCUGGUAAGAAUGAUGGCAAAGCAGGAACAGUACAGAGGGAAAGAGGAGCUCCUCCACUGCCUCCAAUACCCAGAUAAAGAUAAACAAAAAUCAAUCAUGCCACCGUUGUAUUACUAUUAAUUUCUUAAGCACAGCCUCAAAUGUAUUUUUCUGAAUGUUGCAGAAUUUUUAAUUCCACAUGUGAGUGUGCACUCUCUCUCUCUCUCUCUCUCUCUCUCUCUCUCUCUCAUAUACACACACACACACACACACACAGACAAAUAGAUGUAUUAAACAUUAUGUAUGUAAUAUGUAAGUAUAUACAUUAAUAAUACUGAUCAUUCUGAUGUAGGCAUAUCGCAGUGCAAUGUAUUCAAAUUAUAUUUUGAAAGGUAGUUAUCUAUCUACAUUUCGUUUUGUUUCCUUUUUUAGUAUAUUGCAUUUUUAAUAAAGACAAAUAAAAACACAAA